CACCAUGCCCGCCGUCAAGAAGGAGAGCCUGGGCAGGGAGGACCUGGCGCUGGCCGCCUUCAACCAGCCCCUGGACCUGCUGCCCGACUGCCUGGCCCCGCUGGCCGCCCUGCCCGUGGGGCUCCCGCACGCUCCGGGCUACGAGCCGCUGCUGGCGCCCCCGCCCCUGCACGCCCCCCCGCCGCUGCCCGCCGGGCCCCGGGCCUACCUGAGCCUCCACGAGACGCACCUCCACCAUCACCAUCACCUCCACCUGCCCCGGGACCAGCCGCCGCUCCAGCGCUUCUGCGCCGCGCCCGACUUCCAGCCGCUCCUGGACAACGGCGAGCUCUGCCUGGAGGUGGAGUGCGGCGACAACAAGGCGCUGCUCUACGUGCACAAGCUGUGCCAGGGCAGCAAGGGGCCCUCCAUCCGCUACCGGGGCGAGUGGCUCACCCCCAACGAGUUCCAGUUCGUCAGCGGCCGGGAGACGGCCAAGGACUGGAAGCGCAGCAUCCGACACAAAGGGAAAAGCCUGAAGACCCUUAUGUCCAAAGGAAUCCUGCAGGUUCACCCUCCAAUCUGUGACUGUCCGGGGUGUCGAAUCUCAUCUCCAGUGAACCGGGGGCGGCUGGCGGAGAAGAGGACGGUCCCCUUGCCCCCGACCAGGCUCCCGAAGAGAGAGCUGGCUGCCGUCUUCUCACACAGCGACGACAGCGACGACAGCAGCAAAACCCUCGCCCGGCGGGCGGAGGUCAAGCAGGAGGACGACCUGCACAUCAGUAUCAUGAAGAGAAGGAUCCACACUCACUGGGACCUCAACAUCUCUUUCCGAGAGACGUCCUGCAGCCGCGACAACACCCUUCCCGCCCUCCUGUCCAGCCUGCACCAGGGCCGCCAGCCCGGGAUGCCCGAGACCCAGAGCCGCUGCGACUUCAAGAGAAACAGCCUCGACCUCGGCCUGGGGCCGGCGGAUGACAUUUUAGGGAAAAGGAGAGCGUGCUCACCCCCCAGCAACUCCGAGUGCCCCCUGGAGACCAAGAAAGUCCGGAGCGAGUCCCCGAACGAAACCUCUCACACACCUCUGUUGGAGGACUCAACCGCCCAGAUGACCCCGGAGGAGCACUACAGACGGAUGAUGUCCGCGCUGAGCGAGCACAGCAGCUUCGAGGAGCAGCAGCAGCAGCGCCUCUACCAGCUGGCCAGCGGCAUAGCGGUGCCCAGCCACAGUGAUCUCCUGCGGGUCCGGCAGGAAGUGGCAGCGGCGGCUGUGGCCCACCUCCCCUCCUCGUCCCCCAGUGCCUCCAGUCAGCGGCGCAAGCAAGGGGUCCCCCAGCCCCGGGAAACGCACUUCUCAGACAGAGAGAUGUCCCACCCCCCGCCUCUGCUGUCACCCCAGAACGCACCCCACAUCGCCCUGGGCCCCCACCUGAGACCCCCUUUCUUGGGAGUACCCUCAGCUUUGUGCCAGACUCCAGGAUACGGUUUCCUGCAGCCCGCCCAGGCGGAGAUAUUCGCCCGCCAACAGGAAAUGCUACGGAAGCAGAAUCUGGCCAGGCUGGAGAUGUCGGCAGAGAUCAUCCGCCACAAGGAGUUGGAGACCCUGCACCGGCAGCGGCUCCUGGUGGGGGACGGGCUGAGCCUGCCCCCGGGCCUCCCGCCGGACCACCCCGCCCUGCGCAGCGUGCACGAUGGCCCCGACGGCUCGGCCCUCCGAGACGACGCCUCCCGCCGCAACGCCAUGUUGGUCCUACGCCACGGCAGUGCCCCGCUGCUCCCGCUGACCCCCCACGGCACCCCCAGCCCCGCCACCCCACCCCGGGAGUCUGGCCGCCGGGCCUCCCGCAAGGGGGGCGCCGCCCGGGUGGAGGGGUCGGGCCCGAGCGAGGUCAAGGCGUCUGAAGCAGCGCCGCGAGAUGGCGGAGCGGAUGAGGACAUGAAGGACUCAGAGAGUGAGCCCGACGGGGGCGAGGAGAAGCCCGAGGGCCUCCCGGCAGAGAGUGGACUCCCCGGAGGCCUCCCCGGUGGAGGCGGCAAGGAGCCGGGCAAGACCGGCGAGGGCGGCGGGGAGCCAGUGGGGAAUGCCAGGGGCCUGGGCAGCGGAGGCUCCAGUGCCGAAUCCCCCAACCGUGUGCUCGGGACCAAGAACGAGGGGAAGUACCCACCCCCGGUACCUCUCCCCCCAGCCCAGCCGCUGCCUUUUGGAUUUCCCUACACCAUGAGCCCGUACUUCCACACAGGCGCAGUGGGCGGCCUCUUCCUGGACGGAGAAGACAGCCCCACCUUGGAGGACAUCAGCAAGUGGACAGUGGAGGACGUGUGCAGCUUCGUGGGCAGCUUGGCUGGCUGCAGCGAGUAUACGCAGGUCUUCAGGGAGCAGGCCAUUGAUGGGGAGACGCUACCGUUGCUCACCGAGGAGCACCUCCUGACCAACAUGGGGCUGAAGCUGGGGCCAGCGCUCAAGGUCCGGGCCCAGGUUGCCAAGCGCGUCGGCCGCGUCCUGUACCUGGCCAACUUCCCCAUGGCGUUUCCCCUUCAGCCCCCCGGCCUCCGGCCUCCGGAGCGGGACCUGAUGGCGCCGGACCUCCGCCCUGCCUCUCCGGCCAGCGUGGCGUCCCCCUGUGGUGGCGGCCUCGGUCCCCUGAGCCGCGUCUCUCCCAAGCAGAACGGGAACCCCCCGCUGCUGACCGGACUCGGGGACAGCAAACAGCCUCCUUCCUAACUGCCCGCCGGAGCCGGGGCCCGCACGGACUGGAGCCGGGGCCUGGCGGCAGAGCAGGGGGCGGAGGCGGCCUCGUCCCGCCGUCUCAAGGAGGAAGAAGAAAAUCUGCGAUGUUUGUAAAGUGGAAAAACCCAAAGAAUUUUG